UCAUUGGGAUGGCAUGCACAUAACGCGUUUUUAUCAAAAGUAAUCAAUUUUACAUGGGUAAACACAUAAUCCUUGUUAAUUACUAUACGUGCUUUAAUUAGCCCUACGUCACUUUUGUUUUCGACAAGUAGACAAUGGACCUGAUCGGACAGCUCAGAGCCUCUGCUCUUUUCUGUCCAUAAAAAACAAUUGGAUUAGUGGAAGAGGCAGGGCAGGCCAGGAACAAGGAAGAAGGGUGUGGUCAGCAGGGCAUCCCCCGAGGCUGAGUGCCCUAAGGUUUUUAUCAGAACGAUCAGCUUCAGCAUUAUGGACAUCACUUUUGUUUUGAGCCGAUUUCGCACGGACCUUUGAUCGGGGCACCCGUACCGGGUGUACCCCACAUGGGAGGCAGCCCGGUUCCAAAUCGAAUGCAAUACAUUUUCAGCCGAAGCGAAAUACGCCUACACGGGCGCCCGGACAGGAUGAAUCGAACCCCAUCAAUGUUCCGUCAAAGCGGACACAAAUGUGGGUUUUCCGAGAUUACCCACGACCCAACCCAAACUGGAAGUGUAAACACUUCUAACGUAACAGCAGCGCACGUGAUAGCCCUUCUCUUCGACUCCUCAGCAUUCACCACUUGGGACUCAGUUGGUUGGUGUGUGCACCAGAAUAGUCGAGACCAUGGACUCGAUCAGUUGUUCGAUCUGCCUGGAUCUACUGAAGGAUCCAGUGACUAUUCCAUGUGGACACAGCUACUGUAAAGGCUGUAUCAAGGGAUAUUGGUCUCUUGAUGACCAAAAGGGAAUUCACAGCUGCCCCCAGUGCCGACAGACCUUCACCCCAAGACCUGCUCUGAACAGAAACAUUCUGCUGGCUGAGUUGGUAGAGAAAUUGAAGACCGAUUUCAAAACGGUUCCCUCUGCUUCUUGUUUCCCUGGACCUGAAUAUGUGAAGUAUGAUCAUGAUGACUCAGCCGCAGCAGCAGAGAUGACUGAGAAACAGGGGCAGUUGAGUGAGAAACGGCAGCAAGUCGGGCUGAGAAUCUGUGUGAGAGAGAAGGAGAUGCAGGACAUAAGACAGGCGCUUUCUGCAAAGGCAGCAGUGGAGUACUGUGAGCUGGUCUUUGCUGAGCUGAUCCACUCCAUUGAGAGAAGGCGCUGUGAGGUGAAGGAGCUAAUCAGUGCCCACAAGAGGGCGUCAGUAAGCCAGGCUGAAGGACUCCUGGAGGAACUGGAGCAGGAGAUAGCUGAGCUGAAGAGGAGAGAUAAGGAUCUGGAGCAGCUCGCACAAACAGAGGAUAACAUUAAUUUCUUCAAGACUUUCCAGUCUCUUUGUGUGGCUCCUGCAUCUGAGCUCUUACCCUAUAUCACUGCCAACCAGCACUUCUCCUUUGAAGAAGUGAAGAGCUCCAUCUCUGGAAAGAUGGAGCGAUUGGAGGAUGUAUUGAAGGAGGAAAUGGUCCAGAUACCUGGAAAAGUAACGGCUGCCUCCGAAGUCUGUGUCCUCAGCCCAAGCCCAGAAUUAAUGGCUGCUGCUGAAGUACAUUUCCAUCAUGAGCCCAAGACCAGAGUGGAGUUCUUGGAGAACUACUGCCAUCUCACGUUGGAUCCCAACUCGGCGUAUCAACACCUGCGUCUGUCUGAGUGCAAUAGAGAAGUGUCAUGGAGUGACAAGGCUCUGUCUUAUUCUGACCAUCCAGACAGAUUCACAGACCACUACCAGGUGUUGUGUAAAGAGGAUCUGUCUGGAACCCGCUACUGUGAGGUGGAUAGGAGGGGGGAGUGUGAGGUAGCCAUCACAUACAGAAGCAUCAGCAGGAAGGGCGGAUUGGAAUGUUGCUUUGGUUCCAAUGAUCAGUCCUGGAGUUUGGUGUGUCACAACUCGAGUUGUUCCUAUUGGCACAAUAAGAAUAGGACUGAUAUCCCUGUCCCCUGCUCCACCAGAGUAGGAGUGUAUCUGGACAGCAGGGCAGGGACUCUGGCCUUCUACAGCGUCUCGGAUACAAUGACACUCCUCCACAAAAUAACGAGGCUAUAUACAAGUUGUACCUGUACUGCCUCAAUGUGCAGGUGUACGAGGUAACAUGUACAUGUAGGUAGGGGUAAAAGUGACUAGGCAAUCAGGAUGGAUAAUAAACAGAGUAGCAGCAGUGUAUGCGAAGAGUGUGAAACUCUGUCUGUGUGUGAGUGUGUGGCAUCAGUGUGUGUGUUGGCGUGUCAGUGUAGUGUGUGUGGGUAGAGUCCAGUGAGUGUAUAGAGCCAGUGGUCAAUGAAAAUAUGAAGGAAAUAUAAGACAGAUCACUUGGGAAAACUGGCGAAAGUUGAUUUGCUUAAAAUCGUGACCUGGAUGAAGGGAGUUGACACUUCAUUUAGGAGUCCUGCUGCGAAGCCUCUCUUUAUCUACAAUGUUUGAGUCCAGCUUUACUAUUGGGGAGGGCUGGGACCUAUGUUUUAAAGAUUACAUUAAUAAAUAAAAUACAUCUUUUGUUUAUAGUAUAAUUUCUAACUUGAUAAAAUAAAGAACAAAACUAAAGUUCCUGAGAGGGGGGGGGUUAGAGUUAGUAUUGGGGAGUUGUUGUUUUGUUAUGUGAGGAAAAACCAGGAGAUAGAAUUUGGAUGAUUGACAGUGAUUGACAGCUCUAGAUCCACUUACACUGUUGUGGUGUUUCCCCUUGACCCUGUUCCAUCACCUGUGUUGGUUUGGUUCAAUCAAUUCAUCAAAUGUAUUUAUAAAGCCCUUUUUGCAUCAGCAGAUGUCACAAAGUGCUGUACAGAAACCCAACCUACAACCCCUAACAACAAGCCAUGCAGAUGUAGAAGCACCUUCGUGACCUUGUCAAUUGACUGUCUUUUUAAAUUACGUGGAAUGCUUUUUGAUAAAGGACAGGUUAUAGUUAGACUUUUUAUUGAGAAUAAUACAUUUGAACUUCUUACACCUCUUUGACCUGGAGGAAAAUAAAAUACAUCCCAACUUGCAACCUGCCUAUUUAAAAAAAAAAAAAAAAAACUAUUUUAUCCAAUUGAAUAAUAUUGACAUUUGUGAUUAUUUAACCAUGUACAUUGUAUUUUAUUUUUAAACAGGCAACCAAUAGACGCCAAAGCUGACAGUACAGAGGAUCUUCUGUUAAGUAGAUCUAAUGAAACAGAUGAAGAUUAGAGUGGGGCUCUGUUUCUGCUGCUUGCCCAAGGUGGUUUCAGUCUCAUGUCCGUAGUCCCUGGACAGUCAUGUGCCUGUGCAGCAGUAGCUACCGCUUUGACUUUCAUGCACCUAAGCAGUAAUAACCAUGUUGUGGCUGUGUAGUUUAGCUGCAGUGCGGUACUGCUGGAGGAGGGAGGUGCAGGGGGGCUGAGAGCCAAGGAACAUCAUGCCUCCUACACAGGGCUGAGACACAACACACAAAACAGCCAUAUGUUUACUGUACUCUGGGUAAUGGUCAUCCCACUCGGCACACACUGGUUGAAUAAACAUUGUUUCCACGUCAUUUCAGUUACAUUAACAUUGAAUUGAUAUCUGUGCCCAGUGGGAUGUUACUAACACUGACUUUGAAUUGUCCCCUACUGAAUCAUAUAGUUUCUCUAUCCACAAAAUUACCGGUUACAUUGUUCAGUGUCAGCAGCAAGAAGAAAUAGCAUGUGUAAUAUCUACAUACCCCUGCUGAUCGAACAGGCCCUCCCCCCACUCCAGUCCCCUGGGAACGUAGAGUGGCAGGUCUUCUGGCCUGGACACCGGCUGCAUGUGAUGGUACACACAUAGUUUGACUUUGAGAACCAUACUAUGAUACUUAUCUCUCAAGUUCAAUGUGUCACGCAUUCUAAAUUCAAUUAAGGAAUCAGAAGAAAAAAAGUAAUUCAAUUCAAUGACGGAAUAAGAGUUCUGACUUUAACUAUGGAGAUCUGUACCGGUGUGCUUCCUUGCAGGGUUGCUCUGGGGCUGGGCCCGGAAGUCUAGCAGAGCACAGGGGGAGCAGGAGGGAUGGGUUAUGGAUGAAGGGUUCUGGGUCCACGGACUGUGGCACACCCUAAACACAUGCUUCUUCCUGUAGGAAAAUCAAACCACUAGCAUUAAAGAAAUCGUAUCACUUU